AUGGAUAGAGAGAAAUCGACGCCUCGGGGAGCCGUGCCUGCUAGCGCUAGGGGUUCGCAUACUGCCUGCGAGGGUGAAGGCCGAUCACUAACACCUCCAUUGGAUUUGGAGCGAGAAGUGAAACGUUUGAGGCAGGAAAUAGAUAGUUUAAAAAAGGCAGAAACUAAAAUGAAAAGAGCAUUAACCACUAAAGAAUUACUUGCUUUGUUAGAAGAAGAUUCAGAUUGUGAAAAUGCUGAAUUGGUUGAUGUUUUUUAUGUGCCGCCAGAAACAGAUGAAAUUACAGAUGAGGAAAACUUUGAUGAAAAUAUUAUUGGAGAAGAGGAAUUGCAGACGGAUAAUGCAGGAGCGUAUCAAAUACAACCAAGUAUAGAUAGUGAUGAUGAUUUGGAAGACGACGUUUUUAGUUUUUUAUGUGAAAAUGUUCAAAUCUCAACGUCGGCUCACUUAGCUCUGUUAGGCCUCAAUCUGCCUUCUCCUAACGUUUGUACGUUUGGAUCAAAUUUAUAUGGGCAAUUAGGUUGUGGCGAUAUUUUACCAAAAAGUAGUGUUCAGUUUGUAAGAUUGCCUUGUAAUGCUAUCCAAAUCGCAGCUGGUAGUAAUCACUCUGUGGUUUUAACAUUGAAAGGAGAAGUUUAUACAUUUGGCAACGCACAGAAAGGACAACUAGGUAGGAUAUAUGGUAAAUCUUCAUCACAAGACACAGUACAACAUGGACAGUGUUCAACUUCUCGAUAUAACAAUCCUCGAACACCCUGGUACAGUUUUCCAGGGCCAAUUCCUAAUGUGGGGCCUAGACAUGGUCGUAAAGCUACCUGGAUAGGUGCUUCUGGUGACCAAACUUUUUUAAAACUAGAUGAAAAUCUUAUCAAUUCCAUUAGUAUUACUAAGUCAACUAUUGUAGCAAAUAAAAAUUCAAUAAUUUUACUUCCAAAAGAAGAAGAAAUUGCUCGAAAUUUUAAGUGCAUUGCUAUAAACAAGAAGGACGGUGUUUGCAGUUCUUUUAAAAACCAACAUCAGGUAGAUUUCACUAAUAAGAUUGUAUGUAUGGAUCACAUAUUUAAUGUUUUUUGGUCGCUCAACAUAUCUACUACUGAAUUUAUUUGUUAUAAUAUUAUAGUAUCUGAAUUACGAACAGAUUUUUUAAAGGGACUACCUUCUAUAUUGUCGCCUGAAUUAGCCCUACCAGCAGUAACCGAUUGUUAUGUAACACGUUUUCAAGCUGCAAUAAACUUAUUAUGUUGUCUCGAUAUUUUAACCACUACAUAUGACCUUCGCCUACCUAUAAAUAAAAGAGACAUAAAAGACAACAAAUUCAUGCCUUGCAAAAAAUAUAUUAAAGAAGAUUUCCAAAGCAUAAAUAGAUUUGAAAAUCAUGGUGGUGGAUGGGGUUAUUCUGGUCAUAGUAUUGAAGCCAUUCGAUUUAUGACAGAUACUGAUGUGCUAUUAGGUGGCUUUGGACUAUUUGGAGGUCGUGGAGAAUACACGGCUAAAUUAAAAUUGAUAGAUAUUGGUGCAGAUGGAGGUGAACAAGAAAUUGAUGGAGAACUUUUAGCCGAAACUGAAGACAUACAAUAUGAAUGUGGUCCUAGACAAAAAUAUCCUGUAUUAUUUGAUGAACCAAUACAUAUACAGGCUCAUCGUUGGUACGUGGCUUGGUGCCGAAUAAGUGGACCAAGCAGUGACUGUGGAUCUUCUGGUCAAACAAUGAUUAUAACUGAGGAUCAAGUUAUUUUUUAUUUUAAAUCAUCAAAAAAAUCAAAUAAUGGUACCGAUGUAAAUGCGGGCCAAAUUCCACAACUAUUGUAUAAAAUUAUUUCUCAUGAAAAUCAGACUCCGCAAAAACCUGGCGAUGUUACAGAAUCUACGUAUAUUUUAUCAAAGGAUUUCUCUAGAACAGUAUCAAAGGAGUGUUUUAAAAGUUUAUUAUCGUUACUUCAGUGGUCGUGGAAUACCUUCAAAUGGGGAAUGGUUGAAGGUCAAUCUGCUAAAAAUGUGUAUGAUAAUCUGGAAUUGGAAAGACUAGUAUAUAUUAGCAAAGCCAGUUUACGUCUGAUUUGUACGUAUAUUAAUGAAAUUUAUCCUAGAUGUAUAAAUAAAAGGAUACCCAUAGAAAAUAUUGCUUUAACAGAAUGUGUUGGAGACACUAGAACACUUCUGAAACAGAUCCUGUCAGAUAAUAUGCAAACACAAACAGAAAUAAAUAAAUCAAAUAAUACUAACAUAUUUAUGUUAAACAACAUAUUGGAUGAAUGCCAUAACACAUUUGUAUCUUGUUUUCAUGCAUUUUAUCCAACUGCUUAUUUAAAGUGGAAUUGUCUGUGUGACUUAUUGGGUGAAAUUAAUAAGGAUUCCACAUCUAAUAGCCAGAGAUUACCAGGUGCAGUAUUUUGUGCGUUAUGUGCUCCGUAUGUGAGAUUAAGAAACAUUUUUCCACUUAUUGGUUCUAACACCAACUUUGAAAAUUCGUUUCAUAGUAUUUUAAGUUCUUCGGAUAAUACUGGUUUACCAAUUAUGAAUAGGCCUGACUCACAUCAUUACCCUAUUCUUGUAGAACAAAUGACAUAUAAAACUCAGGUGGAGUCAAAUUCUACACCUAAUUAUCAGUGGAAUGAUAUUUUGGAAAAUCUUAUAGCUUUAGCUGCUAAUCCAGUAUUAGGAAAAUUAAAACAAUGUGAUAUUACCACUUCACCAGAACUAUCCAAAUAUUGUUGUCAUUUGCUUGCAAGAGUGGUAGCGGAAUUAGUGCUUCAAUGUAGUACGACAGAAGAAGAACUUCAAUCUUUUGGUCGCACUUUAUACAUAACGCCAUCACGUUUCACUAGAAUAAACCAAUCACGAACAUGGAAUACUGGAAAUGGAUCACCUGAUGCAAUAUGUUUUCAAGUUGAUAGAGAGGGUAUAUCAAUAAUUGGUGUAGGAGUUUAUGGUGGAAUUGGGCAUUAUGAAUAUGAACUAGAAUUAUUAGAAGAUCGAAACAAAAAUGGUGAAAAUCAGGUGCAUUCACAUAGAUGGAAUAGCUUAGAGGUAUCAAGGGGAUCUUAUGGACCAGAAGAUUUUGCUCCAGAUAUUAUAGAAAUAAAAUUUGGGAGACCUGUUCCCAUAAAGGAAAAUGUAAAAUAUGCUAUUCGGUUGAGAAAUCAUGGUGGCAGAACUAGUAAUGGUGAUGGAGGCUUAACUUUUGUGAGAGGACCCGAUAAUACUACUUUUACUUUUUCUACAUGUUCCUUAAGUUUCAAUGGAACUACACUUACCAGAGGACAAAUUCCUGUAUUAUUAUAUUACAG